AUGCGGGUGAACCCGCAUCCAGCCGCGACACAGAGUCGCCGACGCCGGCCGCCACUCUCGUGCGAGCGGUGCCGCAGGCGCAAGGUCAAGUGUAACCGGCUCAGUCCGUGUAACCAGUGCCUUAAAUCCGGCUCGGAGAACUCGUGUUCUUAUCUGCCAAUUUUGGAGAAGGAGAACGACCACGGCGUGGUUGUGUCCGUGACGGCUCCAGCGGCAGAUACGAGGCCGGACGACUGCUCCUCCUCCGAGGCAUCGCAAAGCAACCCCCCUCAGGCUGCAGCUGCGGCUGAUAUAUUGAAUGGCGUACCAGACACUAAAAGCACCAAGGGCUUCUUCGAAUCGCUUCCGAAAAUAUGCUUCCGUGGGAAGGAGGGGCGUACCAGAUUCUUCGGCAGGAGCCAUUGGGUCCCGACCCUGGUGAUGUUCACCGAUAUCAUGGCCUAUCUGGAGACCUACCGUCAAACCAAGUCGAAGUGUCCUGGCGUAGAUCACGCCGUAUACAAGUCGAUGAAACGGCUGAAGCAACAGAUCCAGACGCAGCUCCAGGACCACACCCAGAUUUGCCAGCAGCUUCCUGCAUCCCGGCUGGAGGAACUGAUCCCGCCACGUGAGCAGGCGGACGAGCUUGUUCAAUUGUACUUGUCGACCUUUGCGACUACGUUUUGCGUGCUUGACAUCCCCCGAUUCCGCGAGGAAUACGAAGCCUUUUGGACGGGUCGCGAGAAGCACCUAGGCUCUCCUGAUGCCUUUGUUGCAAAGCUGUUGGCUCUCAUGGCAUGCGUCGGCAGUUUGUCGUCCGAGUCAAUCGCCCAUGUUGGCCACGGCUGGAUCUAUGCAACGCUGUCCUGGAUCCUGUCGACAAACAGCUAUACCUCGCUCAGCCUCGACAUGAUUCAGAUCAAAUGUCUGCUGUUGAUCGCGCGGCAGGCUAUUGCGUACGGGGGUGACCUCGCAUGGAUCAGCGCAAGUGCCCUGUUGCGAGAAGCUAUGGCCGCUGGUUUGCAUCGUGACCCCUCCAAGUUUGCCAAAGUCUCAAAACCUUGCGCGGCGCUUCGACGGCGGUUAUGGUGGACAAUCAUCGAACUUGACCUCCAGACCUCGCUCGAUAAUGGCGUGCCUCCGUCAAUAUCCUGUGAUGAGUUUGACUGUCCCCUUCCAUCGGUAGACAUAGAAGAGGGCGGCGGCAACGAAGACGAUGAAGGAAAUGACAAUAACGACGACGAAGGCACAACCGGGAAUAUCUUUCAGAUCGCGCUGUCCUAUACCUUACCUGCGAGAAUGAACAUCUCCAAAACCGUCAAUGGUAUCAACAUGCAUCUAGAAUAUGACGAGGUCUUGAGACUGAGUAAGGAACUUCUUCGAGAUCUGCGGAAAGCACCGCCCGGGCUGCGGAUCGAUCAAGCUCCCGGUCGUGACGGGCCCUUUUCCGACUUCCAGAAAUCCCUCUUUCGCUUCCUCACAUACCGCGUUCUCCUGGUUCUACAUCGCCCCUUUGUGCUUGCUUAUUGCGACACUCCGGAUGAACGGUUUCUCUACUCGCGAAUGAUCUGUCGGGAUGCCAGUCUUGCCCUGUUGGCUCAACUGGAUGCGUCCUCAACCCUAGAUCCGGACACCCCCCCGGCUUACCCUUACCUGUUACGACUUCGGGGAGGGAUGUUCUGUGAUGAAAUAUUCCAUGCGGCCUUGAUGAUCUGCCUCGAGUGCCGCCUGCAAUCGGAGGAUGAAACCAUCUCGCCUCUCCCAGGCAUAGGACCGACUCUGCCAGGACUGCUACACGCCAAUUCCCCCGCCUGCUAUCAGAACGAUGCCGUCCUCCUGCGAGUGGAGAAUACGAUUCGGUAUUUUGAACACAAAGUCCAGACCGAGAAGCGAGCAUGCAAAUCUCUAGUCUUUCUCAACAUGGCCCUGGCUUCCGCGACUUGGCAUCUUUCCCGUCUGCAGCAGGAUCAGGCCCACCCGGCCGCGAGUCGAGAGGUCAUUGCGUUCAUCCGGGAAGCAAGCAAUCGAGCGUCACAACGCUGCCAUGAACUCCUGUUAGCUGGGUGGACGUCGCCGGCAUCCCCACAGAACGAAAGGGAGUCAACCGACAAGGUACUGUUGCCGCGAGGUUUUCUUUCUUUCUUUUUUUCUGCUCACUAG